CUUCAGUCCGGAUCUCUUUGUUGUGUUUGCAGCUGCCGCUUCGCUCCACGCGCCGCCUUCACCGCCCCUGUGUCGCGCGAAGGACGCGCAGCCGGAGCGCCCCGGUGCUUUCAGUGAGGGUGUGACUGACAGCAGCGCCUGGCUGCUACAUAGAUCUGCUGCCAAAGGCGCGGAGUUUCAGUGGAGGAGGGACCUUGUAGAGAGGAUGCUGCUGCCGCUGCCUCCAUCCUGGCAGAACCGGACCGCCGCCGCUGAGGCUUCCUGAAUCUCUCCGCUUCUUUGCGGGACGCUCAGGACCGCUGCGCCUUUUCAUUGCGUUUAUAUAGGAAUUACGCGAAAGUGUGCGCAGCUCGUGAACCCAACCAAACUGACUGCGGGGUUCGGGUCUUCUCCAUGAUGCUGACGGGCCCUGGGAGGUGUCGCCGGCACCCGGGCGGGGUUGUCCGGUGCCUGGUGUCCGCCUACCUGCUGUCGCUGCUGCUGCACCUGCCGGAGGCUCUGGCUUCUUAUCAGCCACAGAGCGGAGAGUGCAAAGGCAAAGGGAAGGAGUGCUCAGAUCUGUCAGAGAAGAAGAGCGACCUGAGGGUCUGUGACGACUCCACCUGCAGAUACGGAGGCGUCUGCCGAGACGACGGCGCUCAGCUCAAAUGUGUCUGCCAGUUCCAGUGCCACAAAAACUACAUCCCAGUGUGCGGCUCUAAUGGAGACACCUACCAGAACGAGUGCUACCGACGGCAGGCCGCCUGCAAACAGCAGAAACUCAUCUCCAGAGUCCACGACGGGCCGUGCUCCACCGACCCUGGUUCUGGUUCAGGAGACGGAGACGAUGAUGAGGGCUCAGCCUCUGACGUCGGGAAGAAGUUUACCAAAUGCAGCACGUGUAAAUAUGGAGCAGAAUGUGACGAAGACUCAGAGGAUGUCUGGUGCAUAUGCAACAUCGACUGCAGCGGCCAUAACGAAAACCCGGUCUGUGCCACAGACGGAAACUCCUACAACAACCCCUGCCUGGUCAGAGAGGCGUCGUGCAUGAAGCAGGAGCAGAUAGACGUCAAACACCUGGGGAGGUGCCUCGCGGAUAAAGAAAAACUGGGAAAGAAGGACGACAGCAGCCCGUUCAAAGUCAACGUCUUAGAAACUACAGGCCUGGAUCAAGGAGAAGGCUUCUACGCCGGCAUGCCCAUCCCCUGUGCUGACAGCUACGCUGGCUUCUGUGUCCAUGGUAAAUGUGAGAUCAAGUACAACAUGGCCACCUGCAGGUGCGACGCAGGAUACAAAGGUGCUCAGUGUGACGAGCCUCAGGAUUUCAACAUCCUGUACGUUGUUCCCAGUGGACAGAAGCUCCACUACGUCCUGAUCGCAGCCAUUAUUGGAGCUGUGCAAAUCGCCAUCAUUGUUGCCGUGGUAAUGUGCAUCACUAGGAAAUGUCCAAAAAACAACAGAGGUCGUCGGCAAAAACAAAACCUCGGCCAUUUUUCCUCGGACACAAACUCCCGGAUGGUAUAGCCUUGUUUCACAGCGGUUCCCUUUGAUAAGUAUUUUUCUCAAAAGGCGGGAAUGCCACUUUUUUUAACCGUUUUUCCUGAAAAAAAUAAAAAAAACUUUAAAAGAAGAAUAUUUAUUUAAGAGGCCUUAUUUUCCUCUUGUUUUCAGGCAUGGAAUUUCAUUUUUCUUUUCCAAGCUGUUGAACCAACACAAACCUUUACUUUUGCCUGACUUUGAAUACUGGCCAACAGAGCAACAUGUGCCCCUCUGGAAUGUGAUAUUUAUUGAAUUGUUUUCAUUAAAAAAAGGUCUUCUUCCCCGUCUGUUCUGCUCCUUACUAAUGAUGUGCAGCUGAUCACCAAAUGUUGUUUAUUUUUAGAGUUUUUUGUUUUCAUGAGAGGGACCCAGCCAGUCUAAUAGAUUCAUUUACAUUUUAUUCUUUGGUAGGAAAAUAUCUUUUAAGGCUUCAGUUAAACUAAGCUAAUAAUUUAUAACCAUUGGUAUCAUUUUCUUGGAGGUAGUUUUUACUCAAGGUUUUUACGUUAGCUUUGAUUCUGACUUGUAGUUCUUGUAAAUUAGCAUGACUUGUGAAAACUGUGUACUGUGGUGUAGUUCCAACUUUUUACCAGGAAAUGUCACCGGACUCUCCAUCUGGUUCACCCCUGUCCCGUAGGCACUGGGAAGUCCGACUAGCUGACGGAGGACGCUGUGGACGGUGUUUAAAUGAUGAAUGUGGCUUUUUUUGAAAACACACAAGGACCUAUAAAGGAAAUGUGGACGUUCAUUUAAUGGCUAACAGGCUGGAAUGUGUUUUGCAUCCUUGUUCGUGAACCUGGGAGGUAGAGGAUUGUAAAUGAAGGACUUUUUGUUGGAUCUCAGAAGGAGAUCAGCGCUCCCUGAGCCGCUUCACGUUAUCACAGGACUCCUUGGUCACCGAUAUGGAAGAGGCUUUAGUGUCUUCUUUGAAUGUUAAAAAGAGGGUGUUUUUUAUCUUAAUUUUAUAUUUUCUUCUCUGUGACACAUUCCAAGCACAUAGGAAUCCAUUAAGAAAUUCAUAUACUUCACAUGUUCCAUCGGGGAAUAUGUACAACAUUUCCUGCUGGUAUAAACAGGAAUAAAAAUGUGUCUUUCAGAUGUUAGUGGUGUGCAGGUAACUUACUGCCGUUGAACUUUUUUUCUUUUUUGUCGUAUUAACGUUUUGAAGUCUUGAGGCCAAUUCUCGGUUUCCGUGUCCGUAUGUCUGUAAUGAUCCACACGGGUCAAUCUGAUGUAAAUCAUUGUCCUUUUUUCAUGUUGUUCCCAAUAAACAGAAAUCCAACAAAGUC